AUGCAACCUACUGCGUCUUGCUUGCUAAAUCUUCAGGUUGAACGGGUUGUUGGCAUGGUUGAAGGAGCAGUAUUAUUUGAUGAUGCUGGUGAGGGGCCACUUGCACAAACAAAAUUUGUUCUUGCCAAAGCCUUGAACUAUGGGCUGCGCCACCUUCUUCUAUUGAACAAAGUAGACCGACCUUCUGUAUCAGAGGAGAGAUGUAAUGAAGUUGAGAGUCUAGUACUCGAUCUUUUUGCAAAUCUUGGUGCUACAGAGGAACAGUUUGACUUUCCGAUCCUCUAUGCUUCUGCUAAAGAAGGUUGGGCAUCUUCAACCUAUACUAAAGAUCCUCCUGCUGGUGCAAAGAAUAUGUCACAGUUGCUUGAUGCCUUUGUAAGGCAUGUUCCUCCACCAAAAGCAAACCUUGAUGGACCUUUCCAAAUGCUGGUUUCCAUGAUGGAAAAAGACACUUAUCUUGGGCGAAUUUUGACUGGGCGUAUCUCAUCUGGAAUAGUUCGUGUUGGAGAUAAAAUACAUGGUUUGCGAAGCAACGAGUCUGGAAUUGAGAAAAUUGAAGAAGGAAAGGUUUGUCGCUCUAUGUAGCCUGGUUUUGGUUGGAAGUAGAGGAAUAAAUAGUUUGACUUAAAAUCAUCAUCUAAAUUA